UCACAUUCAAAUUUCAAGCUUUGUUGCGAUACAAGAAAAUUUCCACCUUGAAGCGCAAAACUUCAGAAUUGGCGCAAAUGGUUCCAACAAAAUCAAAUUUGAAGCGCAAAGCUUCCGUGGUCGAGGCGGACCACGCAGACCAACCCCAAUCCGAUGAUGAGUUUGGAGAUGGUCUUCUAGAAGGUGUAUUGGAGGGUGAAUCCGAUGAUGAGGACUCCGAAGAUGAGGAAUCUGAAGCGGAAGAUGAUGAUAAUGACAUUGAGGGAGAUACUCUUGAUGCCGACGAUGAUGAAUUGCAUAGCGAUGAUAUACCCACAGACGACGAGGAACCAGAGAAAAAUCAGUUGUCAAAUGGAGCCGAGGCCGACGAAGAAGACGUUGGUCCUCACUACAAAAUCGAAACAGACGCCAACGGGGGAACGAGAUAUGUCUACGAUGAAAUCGACCCCGUUUACGAUUCAGACGAUACAGACGCCCAAGAGCCCGUAAAUACAAUCGGAAAUAUACCCCUUUCUUUCUACGAUUCGUACCCUCACAUAGGAUAUGAUAUCAACGGGAAGAAGAUCAUGCGUCCCGCCACUGGCGAGGCUUUGGACGCAUUAUUAGACAGCAUCGAGGUCCCCAAGGGCUGGACUGGCCUCACGGAUCCUGCAACCGGCAAGCCCUUGAACCUGAGCCAGGACGAGUUAGAAUUGUUGCGACGAGUCCAGAUGAACGAGGUUCCCGAGGAAGGAUAUGACCCAUAUCCAGAUACUGUCGAAUGGUUUACAAGUUUCGAGGAGACGAUGCCCUUGAGCGCUGCCCCGGAGCCAAAACGACGCUUUUUGCCUUCAAAGCACGAAGCGAAACGAAUAAUGAAACUAGUUAAGGCAAUCAAAGAGGGCCGAAUACUACCGUAUAAGCCACCAGAGGAAAGGCAGAGGGAAGAGGAAGAAGAGGAAGAAAUCCAUUACGACAUAUGGGCUGACGAAACGCCUCGUCCACCUAACGUCAUGCAUAUUCCCGCCCCCAAACUUGCUCCUCCUGGCUAUGAUCUCAGUUACAAUCCACCUCCAGAGUAUCUCCCCACCGAAGAUGAAAAGAAGGCCUGGGAAGAGACUGAACCGGAGGAACGAGAAAAGGAGUACUUACCCCAAAAAUACGACUCCUUGCGGAAAACUCCUGCGUAUGAUCGAUUUGUUAAAGAACGCUUUGAAAGGUGUCUUGACCUCUACCUUGCACCUCGGAUACGGAAAAACAAGCUGAAUAUCGACCCUGCAUCGUUGCUCCCUAAACUUCCGCGACCUGAGGAAUUAAGACCUUUCCCUACCAUCGCGUCAAUUGAAUAUGCUGGUCACGAGGGUAGGGUACGAUCCGUUGCCAUUGACCCAACUGGUCAGUGGUUAGCUAGCGGUGGUGAUGAUGGCACGGUGAGAGUGUGGGGUCUCGCAGACGGCAAACAGCAGUGGAAAGUCAAACUUAGCAGCGAGGAUCCGGUAGACGUAGUGCGAUGGCGACCAGGUCAAGAAGCUUCAAUUAUAUCAGCUGCUGUGGCCGAGGAUAUCUUCUUCAUGAUCCCUUCAAUUGGAAGCCCGGAGCUGGAACAGACUAGUCGAGAUAUACUGGAUGCAGGAUUUGGCUACGCUACCAACGGCAAGCAACUAACAACAGCCAAUGGGGCGCGAAAAGAUCCUCCGGCAAAAUGGUCUCGGCCAGGAGCACGCCUAGAGGACGAGGGUGUACUACUAAAAGCUACAGUUCGCUCGCCUAUCAAGUCAAUCAAUUGGCACCGACGAGGAGACUUCUUCUGCACGGUAUCCCCUAGCGGACAAAGAAGCUCUGUAGCCAUUCACACCUUAUCCAAGCAUCUUACACAAAUCCCCUUCAGGAAGCUUGCUGGAUUGGCACAAACGGCAUCAUUCCAUCCUUUGCGGCCCCUGUUCUUUGUUGCAACUCAGCGGUCGAUACGAUGCUAUGACCUCCAAAAGCAAGAAUUGGUUAAAACUAUUCAGCCCGGUGCCCGCUGGAUCUCGUCGUUUGAUGUGCAUCCUGGCGGUGACAACUUAGUCGUUGGAUCAUACGAUCGUCGACUACUCUGGCAUGAUCUUGAGAUGUCAAACCGGCCAUAUAAGACAAUGCGAUUCCAUCCGCAGGCAAUCAGAGCUGUGAAGUUCCACCGCAGCCAUCCCUUAUUCGCAGAUUGUAGCGAUGAUGGCACUCUACAAAUAUUCCACAGCAAGGUUGUGAGCGAUCUAAUGGAGGGACCAACUAUUGUGCCGGUAAAGAUGCUGAAAGGACAUAAGGUCGUUAAUAGGCUCGGUGUGACAGAUAUUGAUUGGCAUCCCCAACACCCCUGGUGUGUAAGUGCGGGCGCCGAUGGAACAUGUAGAUUAUGGACAUAAGCUCGGCUUUUAUGGAAGGGAAACGGGUGGGUGCCUAAUAGCAAAGCACGGUUCACCGAUCUUCCAAUAUAUAGUCUUGUAGCGAUGGCGUUUUGAGAAAUAUACCUUACAUACCUAUACUACAUAUUUGAGAACUCUCGUCUUAUUCCAGGGGUUAGCCUUAUGCGCCACCAUCGCCUGGUUAUAAUCAAACGACUUAUAGCCUAUCAGGGGAGUACUCCACUAGUUUCACUGCUUUACCAUGCCGCCCAAUCAGUAGCUAAUACAUAUACCAUCUAAG